CACACACACACACACACACACUUCUCUCCGGUUACCGGGGCCGUGUCAGAUGUGUUUCUAUUUUCUCCAUCUUUCCCUCCGACCCGGAACUACAGAGACAGACACGGAGACAUUACAGAGACAGACACGGAGACAUUACAGAGACAGACACGUCCAACUCCGCCUCGCGCUCUCCGGUCUGCACAGAUCCGGUCUGAACCACCGACCAGCGGCCGCUCUGCGGGCCGGACCGAGCCGGAGCACAACCACAUCAUGUCCCUGCAGCUCCCCCCGUGCGUGAUAGACUGCGGGACCGGGUACACAAAGAUCGGCUAUGCUGGAAACACUGAGCCCCAGUUCAUCAUGCCCUCCUGUAUCGCCAUCAAGGAGUCGGCCAGCGUGGGAGAGCAGGCUCAGAGGAGGCUCGUGCGAGGAGUCGACGACCUGGACUUCUACAUUGGAGACGAAGCUGUUGACAAACCCAACUAUGCAACCAAGUGGCCCAUCCGUCAUGGGAUGGUGGAGGACUGGGAUCUGAUGGAGAAGUUUAUGGAGCAGGUCAUCUUCAAAUACCUUCGAGCUGAACCUGAAGACCACAGCUUCCUCAUGACGGAGCCUCCUCUCAACACCCCAGAGAACAGAGAGUACCUGGCAGAGAUCAUGUUUGAGACUUUCAACAUACCUGGACUCUACAUCGCAGUGCAGGCAGUCUUGGCAUUGGCGGCGUCCUGGACGUCUCGGCAGGUCGGACAGAGAACUCUGACCGGCAUAGUCAUCGACAGCGGAGACGGAGUCACACAUGCCAUCCCUGUGGCUGAGGGCUACGUGAUUGGCAGCUGUAUAAAGCACAUCCCCAUCGCAGGGCGGGACAUCACCUUCUUCAUCCAGCAGCUGCUCAGAGACAGAGAGGUGGGGAUUCCUCCAGAGCAGUCGCUGGAGACCGCCAAGGCUGUCAAGGAGCGGUACUGUUACAUCUGUCCAGACAUUGUGAAGGAGUUCACAAAGUACGACACUGACCCGGGGAAGUGGAUCAAACAGUACCGCGGAAUCAACGCUGUCAGUAAGACCGCCUUCCAUAUCGACGUGGGCUACGAGCGCUUCCUGGGCCCCGAGAUCUUCUUCCACCCCGAGUUUGCUAACCCAGACUUCAUGCAACCCAUCUCUGAUGUCGUUGAUGAGGUCAUUCAGAGCUGUCCAAUUGAUGUGAGGAGACCGCUCUACAAGAACAUUGUGCUCUCUGGAGGAUCCACCAUGUUCAGAGACUUUGGGCGGCGGCUGCAGAGAGACCUGAAGAGAGUCGUGGACGCCCGACUGAAACUCAGCGAAGAACUCAGUGGAGGACGGAUAAAGCCGAAGCCGAUGGAGGUUCAAGUCGUCACUCAUCACAUGCAGCGCUACGCCGUCUGGUUCGGAGGCUCCAUGUUGGCGUCCACGCCGGAGUUUUUCCAGGUGUGUCACUCGAAGAAGGACUACGAUGAGAUCGGCCCGAGCAUCUGUCGACACAACCCUGUGUUCGGCAUCAUGUCCUGAUGGCAGCGGCAACUACAGACGGCUAGCCUGUCAGUCUGCUACGUUGUUAGCCUGUUGGCCUUUCAGCCUGCUUCCCACUAGAUAGCCAGCCAGCUAGCCCGUUAGCUGACCUGUUUACCUGCUAUCUGCUAGCCACCAGCCACUUAGCCAAUAGCCUGUUAAUCUCUUGCCCCGCUGAGUUUUUAUCCCGCUACACUACGAGCUGGUUAGCAGGCUAGCUCAGUCUCAUCAAGCACAUGGAGGUCUGUAGUAACUGAAAUCAGUUAGAAAACAGUGUGGUGUUGUUUUGUUUUAAACUUUCGGCACUGACAACUUGUUUCUCAUCAAAAAGAAAAAAAAAUCCAGAAGAGACACUUGAAGGCGACCGCAGAACUUCUCCAGACCUCGAGAUGAUGUCUAGCUAGCUGCUAGCCUGUUAGCCAUCCUCAAAAAUGUAGCCGUGUUCAGAGUGUGUCUGUUGAAAGUUUACGCUGUUGGCCCGACUGAAGAUGGCAGAGAUGAUCUUCUCUGUGGGUUGUUUUAGAGAAAUGUUCACAACACAGAUACAAGUUGAGUUUACUGAAUUUUCUUUUCUCAUAGCGAUCAAGGAAACUGUAAGAAGGAAAGGACGUGACGAGGAGCCAGGCUUUGGUGUCAGUGCUGUUGCAGUCAACGGGGCAGACAUGACAUAUCAAAUUAUAACCUGAUCAUAUCUUUGUUGUUUCACCUUCCACAAGAUUGAAAAACACACUUUAUGUUUUUUAUCUAAAUGUGCGCAUUAGUUUUCCUUGUUAGUGGUCUCCAAACAGAUCAUGGCUCUGUCACGACAGGAGAAGAAUGUGAUCAUCGUCUCUUUCUUUAUGACAUGCCAUUUUAACCUGGCAGAAUCAUCAGGAACUUCACUGUUAACUAGCUAACAUUUGUCGUAUUGGUUAAAGUAUAUUUCCUCAGAUUGCUUGUAUAUUUUAGGUUCAUUUUCCCCCCGAACAUCAAGACACGAUGUAGCUUAACCCGUUUAGAUCUGAUCUGUCCCUUCUAACGGACGUAAGUUUUCUAGGAUAUCUAGAACUACGAUUACUGUCACCUGACUCCACCCAAAUGAACACACUUGCAGGCUGUGUCCACAAUCAUUCACUCAUUCACUACUCACUACGUAGGUAGUUCUACAUAGAGGACUGUAUAGUGAGCUCACCUGAAACAUGAAAAACACAUUCAGACACCACUCAGGUCAUUUUCUCAACGCCGUUAAUUAUGAUUUAAUAAUUUAAACAUGUCAUAUCAGCGACGGCUGGUGAAGCGUCCAUAUUUGUGAUAAAAACAUGAAAUAGGGAGCGUAUUUCCCCCAAGUUGAUAAGUAAUAUUACUUUGUGGCUGUUUGUGUUGUGAUGCUGCUCUGCUCACAUUAGACACAUUUACACUGGCAGACAGGCAGGAGGAGGGAGAGCAGCGCCAUAUCAACCUGUCCUACUGAUGUCAGUCAUUUCCUGUUUAACCUUUGUUGUGUUGAAGUUUGUUUUACCAUUAAAGCACAAACCAGAGCUAGUAGCGACCCAGCAUGCUAACAUUAGCUAGUGUUAGUAGGCCUACUCUGUACAGUAACUGUGAAGCACGAGAGACGAUAUAUUGCCGAAUUAUUUUCAUCAUUACAUGAACUGACAACUUCACAUUAAACUGACAGUUUAUUACAUGACAAAGAAAAACUUGUUAAACAUGUACAGCAGGUCUCGGUGUCUGUCCCAUACUGUCUGUCCGUUCCUUUGGCACAAUGCAUGAUGGGAUAUUAGCCCUGUUUCCACCGGGCAGUACGGUUGAUUCAGUUCAGUUCAGUACGCUUUCUUCCUGUCUCCACAGUGUAAAGUUGUGGAUGGUACCAACAGAAGCGUUCCUUAGCGUCCCCAUGUUUGGUCCCCCCUCUGUUGGGGUACCUAGCACACAGAUCUGGUACUAAAAGGUGGAGCUAGAAACCCUGCAGUCUGAUUGGUCAGUAGAGGACGCUCACUCUGGUUUUAUGUAACCUCUGUUCAUACAUCAGUAAACUACAACUAUAAAAUGAAAGAGAAAAAAAUAACUUCAUUCACUGGGCCGACUGCCGGCAACUUUUAAGGUGGAACGUUAACUUGUAAUGUUACUCAAUGCAUGAGUUGAUGACGUGAAUCCAUCAGCACACCUUAAAUUGCACCAACAAACUAACCCUGAGUGAUGUCAGCGUUACAGCAUUUGGACUUCUUCAUAAACCCCGUGGAAGAACCUAGCGUCUGUACGAAAGAAUAAAUGCAGACACACAAACCUCUCUGUGCAGACAGGUUUGAUCUUUGCAGUCACGUCCAGGGUUAUUAAUACUAAUAAUUAAUAUUAAUAUAUAAUUAAUUAAUAAUAAUAUUUGUCAGAUAAUUUUUGUUAACGUUGGACAGACGUGCUGCCAACAGGGACAUAAAACAAAGCUAUAAGACAUACUGACGGCAAACUGCACCUCAUGGCUCUGUUAGAUGAACUUCUUUUCUCCGUUUAAUGUGUUUUAGAACAACGUAACUACUGCUGCCACCUGGUGGAUGGAAAUAUAGACCGAAAUAUUAAUUCAUGCUGUAACUGUGGGGCUCUGUCAGUUAUAUGUUAAUAUUAGACGCUAUCAACCAUAAAGGUCUCCUCUCUGUUCCUCAGCCGUUUCUCUCCAGUGUUCAAUAUUUCAACAGACAAUUUGUAGAGAUACUUCAGAAACUGAGAAACACAACACAAACUGAAGUGUCGUAAAGCGUCGCUUCAUUCAUUGAUUUUAUUUUAUCACUUGUUAAAUACAAAUAAUCGCAUGUUUUUCGUUGACCAUUUGUCGUUAAUUUUACUGUUAGGUGAUUCCUGCGUUAAGAUUCUUCGUCCGUUGAAGUGGACAGAAGAAAUCACACAUAAUUAACUUUCCUAAUAAAAAAAAUUGCCAAUGGUUUAUGAGUGCAUUUAGAGAAGAAAUCCACGGUUACAUUUUUUGUGUGUGUGUUUGGAACAUAAUCGGCUUCUGAACGGGUUCAUUUGUUAAGACGGUGAUAAUCUGUAACAUUUUGAAGAAAACUAACAGUCAGUCCCCUCUCAGACCGUCGGCCAUCGUGCUGUCACAGAUUACAUUGUUUCCUCGAGAAGUCUAACAAAUCACGAUCAUUUGAACACAACAAUACAGACCAUAAUAACAAUAAUAAUAAGAGUGUUUAUGGAUCAUUGACCUGAAAAGUGACCAGUCAGUUGGCUGCAGCUUUACUCCCUCUCUCUCCUCACAUGUAUUUGAUCAUAAAUAAGUAACCAACAGUUAAACUCUUGAUUCAUGUUUUGAUACGAUAUUUAAAACACUCAGACGUCAGCCGGCUCUUUCCAUAAUGUUUGCUGUGGUUGUCAGGAGGUGGCGCUAAUUGACAAAUUAUAUAUGCCUCUAUAAAUCUGGACCUUUGUCAGUUAAGUGGCCGCUAAGUUACUGGUAACCCUCGAGUUACUUUCUCUUAUGACUGUAGUCUGGUCCUGGCCCUGUUUAGUGUCAUGAUGCCGCUGAGAGCAAAGAGCAGCUUGAGUUAUAUUCAGCUGACGGACAGAGACGUGAUCUGUUUGGUGACCUGUAACAGGCAAAACGAGCGCAUACAUUUAGAUAAAUAAAACGCCAGUCAACAUUACUAAGUUUUAAUUUGAAGGAAGGAGUCAAAGGUCAAACAACAGAAAUACAAUGGGUUACAUCAUCGCGCCCGCCCCUGACCUUUCCUUCUGUCAUAGUUUCCAUGGUAACGAUCUGGACGGACGAGCUACAACCAUAUUUGUUUUGCUGCAGUCUGGACGUAGGUUUAGUGGCGUGGAUGACAGAUUCAUCCUCACCUCAUCGAUACACAACAAAUCUGGUUCCAGUGAAGACGCCGUCCAAGAUUCUAUCAGCAGUUGAGGAGCGGCCUGUUAGUCUGCUGUGUACGAACGAAUGAAUGAUGAUGAGAGAAAGUUGUGUUUAACGUUACUUUAAUGCAGCAGAUCUGUCAAUCGAAGCCAAGCACAGAAUCCUGUUUGAGUUCUGAUCCUCUCUUUCCUCGUUGUCUUGUUUCCUCUUCACGUCUUGUCCUCUUCACUGCGUCAGUCUUCUGCCUGAAGAGACGUGUAGACCUGCUGUUGGGCAGUGUGUUAGCAUGUUAGCACGUCAGCUCUCGUCAUGAUUGGAUGAUCCAGCGCUUGGCUACAGAUCGUGUCUCCAGCUGAGAUUUCAGACAGUUACAAGCUGAAAUAAUUUGACUGAAAACCGUUAAUGUGGAAUUCAUAUUUAUUGUGACAAGCUGAGUCUCAGUGACGCAUGUCGUCUCGAAACCCACAAAAACAAAUGAAUCAUUGCUGCUUCGUCUGUGAACGGGAACUUUAUUCAGUUUAACUCACAGAGGCGUAUCUACUGAUCGCAGUGUUCUGUCUGAUAUUCUGUAGUGGUAAAUGCUCGUCCGACAGAGUUCUGUUCAGCGCUGAUGUCUCGGCUCGUUCUCAUAACAAAACUGUCAAAUACCACCGAUUUGUCAGUGAUUUCAGCAUCAGACAGCGACGCCAACUUUCACAGCUGUAUGAAACGCCACCGGGCAGCGUCAGUUAGUAAUGCGGCUGGAUAGAACCUUUUGGGUGUUAUGAAACACCACCGGUCGGUCAGACGGCACCUGUCGCAGCAGUAUGAUACGCUGCUGGACGACGUCAGGUUGAAACGCUGCCAGUGACAACGUAAUAUAAGGAGCUGCAAAGUCCCUGUAGGGCAGGUUGGAGGGGAGGUGGAUGGGUCCAACAAACCCUGGAGACCACCGCUCACUUCCUGUAUGAAGGUAGAUCCAAACCAAGAUUGUGUUGCCAGGCGUAACGGGUAUACAUACCCACCUUUUUUCUCGCCAUUUACAGUAAACUCACCUGUCAGCCAAACAGGACUUAGAAUACGUAGGAUAAUAUUCCCACUUCCUCUGCAGUAACCUGCCCGUCUAGCAGUACAGCCGCCUCAUCAGCUACCACUACACCACUGCCUAAACCUAACCAUGUGCUUGUCCCAGUGUUGGUCGCAGCGUCCCGGAACGUCAACAGGACACAGGAGGAUACGAGGGCGUAAUAUGUAGACGUGAAAGGCAAAGCGGCGAUAUGAGAUAACGUGCUGGAUGUCUCGAGGCGUUAAGAGACAGAGAAAAUGUUUUUGAGCUCAUCGGUCCAUAACUCGGUGUUGACAGAUAUUUCAACAACGUCUGUGAGUGUUUCUGUGUUUCAGAGGUGACCUGAUGUUUUCUCUAGCGCCACCAUCUGGACAAAAUCUGCUAUUGAACCUAAACUGGAUUCAACAUGACUGUGACUCAGCACGAGGGGACAAGGUGUAGUUUCAUACUGAGGGACGUGAACUUUUGAUUUGAAUGAUAACAUGUUUGAGGUCUGGAGCUGCUGAUGUCUGUCAUCAGCAUGCACUGGACUGGAUUUAAAAACACGACCGUCUGUGAGCACGAAUCACAUCAGAGGCGUGCAAACAAAACGACAAAGAUAUUUUCUGACAGGAGGAAACACACAGUGAGAGCUGCAGGGAGUUUUAUAGUCCGCUGAUAAUGAGACAUUUAAUUUCAGAUUAAAUGUCUCAUUAUCAGCGGAUUUCUGUUUCUUUUUUGUUCAUAUUAGUGACGACUGUGACCCUGAAUCACAAACUGUGAAGAAGUGUGUGUGUGUGUGUGUGUGUGUGUGUGUGUGUGUGUGUGUGUGUUUCAGUGAUAUACGGCCUGUAUCAUUAACCUGUGCACUCAGAGAGUUUAUAUUUGUAAAGAGAUCAGAAGACAGAGGAGAGCUAACAGGUCACAUAGAUGAUAAAGUUAAUAGACACUCAUAUAUAUACUGUACAUACUGUAUGCUGAGAGCACUGAGGCAUCAGACUGAUCCAGGAACAGGUCGAAACCACAAGUGGCACCAUCAGCUGAAGUGUGGUGCGUUCAGGUACAAUCAUGUAAAAGUAAUUGUUGUGUAGAAAUACAUUCAUUAAAUGUAUUUCUACAUGUUUGUAUGAGCAGGUGCAGCAUCUGAAUGUGCUGUACGCCAGUCCUCCAUGAAGAGCGUUGAAAAGACAAGAGGCAUCUGUGAUUUGCAUGAACACUGAAACAAUGAGGCAUUCACGUUAAGAAAUCAGUUAUCAGUUAUAGCUAUUAAUUAUCAAUCAAUUUAGACACUCUAAAAUAACUAACCUUGAGCAACGUAGGAAGGAAAAACCAACGCAGUCAACACAGGAAAAUAAGUUGGAGAUGUUUGAUCGUAGUUACAGGAUGGUGUCUCUCAGGAUCUUGUGAUUAUGACAUGAGAACCAACUUUUUGGGUCGUGAACCGGUUUACUUUUGGUCAGAAUGCUCUGAAUGGUUUAGAACAGAUCUAUGUUGAUGGAAAAGAGGCUACCCAACACGCUGUCAUCCCAACUCCUCAAAUAACACUGCUCUGACACUCUGGUAUCCUCCUGCGUCAGUUUUGGAUGGUCAGGGACGCCGCGUCAGUUUCUGCUCGUUACAUGCACACAGUUUCCUUAAAACUAGGUUACAACGUUGGUAAAACACCUCAGAUUUAUUUUCCCGAGGUUUAGGCAACAAGAGAACGUAGUCAGUUUAAAAAGAACAUUGUGGUUUGGCUAAAAAUUCUCACGAGAAGCAAAAAGCGACUCCCAGGUGAAAAGUCUGGAGUUUGUUUGAUCCGUCCACCCUAUAUGGACGUUAUUGCUCUUUAUAUCACACAAGUUGCCGUAGGCAGUUUGUUACAUCGCCGCCCGGUGUGUAAGAAGGGUGCCAGUGUGUCUGAUGCGCCUGGUGCAAAUCAAAUCAUGCCUCUGCGUCGGUACCUGACGCUGACAUCACAGAUGAAGGGAAGGUAUUUGACGAGUUGGGAGUGAGAACAGGCCGGUUAUCAGUGUCACUUUACUAAUAAUGAAGUAGAAACUAGAUGGCAGCUAAUACUCCGCGUGCCCCCUUCCUCUACCUGACACGACUCCCACAACGACUUGCAACAUCAUCUCCACUUAUUUUUUUCUGAGCUGAAUGUGAUGCACUUUCCUCCACAGCAGCGGCAGCAGCUAGCAGGGCCCGCGGUCGUGUUUCCUUUAAACUGUCAGUCGAAUUCUAAGCAAACUUAUGAAAUGCUGCGAAACAGAAAUGCGAAUUCGGUGCGUUUCCAUCAGCCAGCUAGGAGCCAAUAAAUCCAUCUUGCUGCAAAGUGUAGUUUGGUUCAAAGUUGGUGGUUCAGGCUGUAAUCUGCCAGGUAACAGAGAAGAAGAAGAAGAAGAAGAAGGUUAUGAACCAGAAACAAAGCAAGUCGCCAUCUAACCGAACACAGAGACGUCUUCAGGAACUUGUUUUAAUUCUGCUGUCACGUCAGCUGGUGCUGGACACGUUUCACUCAGUCCAGAGACGAGGACAAAUAAAUGCAAUAAUUCUAAUGUACGAGAAGAAUCAGCUGAUCAGUCACAUGACUGAAAUGUUUGCUCCGUCAGAACCUGCUCGUUUCCGAGCAGCUUUGCUAAUGUGGUACUUCAAAAAAUGUCAAUACGGAAACACAGCUGGUGGCGGCUCCAGCAGAUGUUCACACCUUCAUCUUUAUUUUGUACCUACAUGAACAUUAACUCUGGAACACGUCCAUCGGCCCUGCAGGUCUGUCAUCAGCACUCACACAAUGCAUGACGGUGUUCACAGGUGUCCUUGUGGUUUGGACCUGGGUCUCUGGCUGUGGACAGCCCAGUGUAGAAAAGACACAGCAGAUGUUUAGUUUUUUGAAGACGUCCUCACAGCUGCAGUGAAAUCCUAUUUUUGUGGUGGAGCUGAACCUGAACACAGUCGGUGUAUGUUAAUGAUCUGUGGUUUGAUGCUGAGCUGCUGUCAAUAAACACUCAUCACCCUCAA